UGUGCAUGUGUGUGUGUGUAUGUGUAUGUGAACUGGUGGGAGAGGAGAGGACCAGUGACUGAGAGGCAGAGGAGACAAGUGCAAGAGGCUCGGCGCUGAGCGGGACUCCACGUAAAUAAACACACAGCCGACGGUAUCGCUCUGUCGCGGGGGACUGAAGAUACAGAACAGGCUUUGCGUUUCGCACCGCCGAGGGAGGAGAUAAGAUUGAAGAAAACCACAGAGGAAGACGAACAAGACGACUUACCAGGGAGGAGGAGGAGAGAGGGGAUUUGGGUUUCUCUGUUGUGAGUGUGCACGUGUCCUCAGACAGUGUGACCGAGAGGGGAGGCGGGGCGUCGCUGUAUUUUGGGGGCAGACCUUCACGUCACACACCGAUGAUGGAGAGGAGGAGGAUGGAUGCAGCACUCCUGGUGCUGUUAAUGGGACACCUCGCCACGGCGCUGGAGGUCCCACUAGACCUGCCGCAGCCACCGACCAUAACUCACCAAUCCCCCAAGGAUUACAUCAUCGACCCACGUGAGAACAUUAUAAUCCACUGUGAGGCGAAGGGGAAGCCUCAUCCCAGUUUUUCCUGGACGAGAAAUGGGACCCACUUUGACAUUGACCAGGACUCCAAUGUAAUCAUGAGGCCCCACUCAGGGACCCUGGUGGUGGACAUCAGCAGGGAGAAGGCUGAGCAUUAUGAGGGGGUGUACCAGUGCACGGCAAGAAACAAACAUGGAACAGCUGUUUCCAACAACAUAGUCGUACGACAGUCCAGGUCCCCCCUGUGGUCAAAGGAGAAAAUCAAGCCAAUCGUUGUUCAGGAGGGUGUGUCCUUGGUGCUUCCGUGUCGUCCCCCUGCCGGUCUGCCCCCUCCCAUUAUAUUCUGGAUGGACAAUAACUUUCAGAGGCUGCCUCAGAGCAGCAGGGUGUCCCAGUCCCUGAACGGAGACCUUUACUUCUCUAAUGUGCUCCGAGAGGAUUCCAGGAAUGACUACAUCUGCUACGCCCGCUUCCCACACACACAAACCAUCCAGCAGAAACAACCCAUCACUGUCAAGGUCCUCAACCUGGAUGCAAUCAAUGACACAAUGGCAGCUUUUUACAAUGACACUGAUUUAUUUAGUGAAGACCCAAUGGAUGAGAGGAGGCCAACUUUCCUCAUCCCAUCUGGCUCCUCCAGCUCCAAGAUGGUGUUGAGAGGACAGGUGCUGGAGAUGGAGUGUAUUGCAGGGGGACUGCCCACUCCCGAAAUCUCCUGGACCAAAGUCAGCGGAGAUCUCCCAGCCAAGCGCACGUCCUUCCUGCACUACCAGAAGACGCUUCGUAUUGUGAAUGUGUCGGAGUCAGACGCAGGAGAUUACCGCUGCACAGCCCGGAACCGGCUUGGCUCGGUGCAUCACACCAUCCGUGUCGCAGUCAAAGCUGCUCCGUAUUGGAUCAGUGGUCCUUCCAGGAACCUUGUCUUAGCUCCAGGAGAGAAUGGUGUGCUGACCUGCAGGGCCAGUGGCACUCCAAAGCCCUCCAUCACCUGGGCUAUGAAUGGCAUCCCAAUAGAGAAUUCACCUAAUGAUGUUAGUAGAAAAGUGGAGGACGACACCAUCAUCUUCACUGAUGUACAGAUUGGAUCCAGCGCCGUCUAUCAGUGUAAUGUCUCCAAUGACUAUGGGUACCUCCUGUCCAACGCCUUUGUCAACGUCCUCUCCGAGCCGCCCAGAGUGCUGACACCGGCCAACAAAGUCUACCAGGUCAUCAAAAAUCACCCGGCCCUGAUAGACUGCGCUUCCUUCGGGUCACCCAUCCCUAAAAUUACAUGGUUCAAAGACAGUCGGUCCAGCACCCUGGAUGGAGAACCUUACAUCAAGCAUGACAACGGGACUUUAGAGAUUCACAUAGCACAGGCUGAACACAGCGGCAAAUACACCUGCGUGGCCAGAAACAUCCUUGGUAUCUAUGAGAAUCACAUCUACCUGGAGGUCAAAGAGCCCACCCGAAUACUGAAGCAGCCAGAGUACAAAGUGGUCCAGAGGGGUAAGUCUGUGGUGUUUGAGUGUAAGGUGAAACAUGACCCCUCGCUUAUCCCCACCAUGACCUGGCUCAAAGACGAUGGAGAGCUCCCUGAUGAUGAGAGAUUAAUUGUGGACUCUGACAGCCUUACCAUCAAUGAUGUGACAGAGAAUGAUGCGGGCGUAUACACCUGCAUCAUGAACACCACUUUGGACCAUGAUUCAGCCAGCGCUGAGCUCACUGUUGUCGAGGCCACACCAACACCAGCUGUUGCCUACGAGAAACCUGACCCCCCAACUGACCUAGAGCUGACGGACAAGAAAAAGAGGAGUGUUCAGCUCACUUGGACCCCUGGGGAUGAACAUAACAGUCCUAUUAAGAAAUUUCUGAUCCAGUAUGAAGACUCGCUGCACAACCGAGGUCACUGGCAUAAUCUCACAGAGGUUCCUGGAACCAAGACGACAGCUCACCUCAAACUAUCCCCCUAUGUCCACUACACCUUCAGAGUUUUGGCCCUCAAUGCCAUGGGUUUCAGCCGUCCCAGCUUCCCCUCUAAAGUGUACAAGACAGAAGCUGCAGCUCCAGACGAGAACCCAACAGGUGUACAGGGAUUUGGAACAGAACAUGACAAUCUUGUAAUCUCAUGGAAGCCAUUGUCAGGCCUCCAAUCUAAUGGUCCAGGGCUUCAUUAUCGAGUGAUGUGGAGGCAGAAGGCAGUGGACAGUGAAUGGACCACAGUGACUGUGGCCAACAACUCCAAGUUUGUUGUGUCUGGAACGCCCACAUUUGUUCCAUAUGAGAUAAAAGUUCAGGCUGUGAACGACCAUGGGGCUGGACCUGACCCUGCUAUUGCCAUCGGCUACUCAGGAGAGGACUUUCCAGUAGCAGCUCCAGAAAAUGUCCAGGCUGUAGUGCUGAACAGCACUUUGGCAGAGGUGCACUGGGAUCCUGUGCCUCAUAGAUUAGUCCGGGGACAUCUCAAAGGAUAUAAGGUGACCUACUGGAGAAAGAACAACAUCCACAAACACAACCCCUAUCAUACAGAGAAGCUGUUCCUGGUCUUCAGUGGAAACCACAGCCACGGCAUGCUACCUGGUCUGCACCCCUUCACUCUCUACUCCGUCAAUGUCAGAGUUUUUAAUGGUAAAGGAGAUGGUCCUGUGAGCUCCGACCAGCACUUUGAGACACCUGAGGGAGUGCCAGGGGCUCCUACUUCCUUGGUGGUUACCAACUCAAACCAGGAUUCUUUAACUCUUGAAUGGAGUCCUCCUCAUGAUCACAAUGGACGUAUCACUGGCUACACCCUCAAAUAUCAGCCAGUCAAUAACUCCAAUGAGCUGGGCCCAGUGGAGGAGCUGGCCCUGCUCGCCAAUGAGACCUCAGUCACUUUGCCCAACCUCAAGUACAGCACACGCUACAAGUUUUAUUUGAAUGCGAAAACAGUCAGGGGAGCAGGCCCAGCCAUUUCUCAGGAAACUGUCACCAUCAUGGAUGAAGUUCCGAUAUCACAGCUUGACGUAGAUGUGGGCCAAGGAAACCAAACCUCUCAUCCCAUUGCACGGCCUCCUCCACAACAUCCAACCCAAAAGGCACGGCCUGCGAGUCCUUUCGGGAACCUUAGCUCCUCGGUUGGAGAGCACGGGGCCCUGAUCAGUUGGGAGUACUGGGGCUCAGGGAAAACCAUUUAUGUAGAAUACAUAGUAAAAAACAGUGAAGGUGAAGAGGAGUGGCAGAAAGAGCCUGUGAACGGCUCUCAGAACGUUACGCUGAAGGGCUUAAAGGGGGGCCUCUCCUAUAGGGUGCGUUUGGUGGCCAAAGGUCACCACGACCAGCCGCUCCACCACUCUGAGGAGCUGUUGGUCACGGUACCAGCUGUGGCGAGCAGACAGGUGGACAUUGCCACUCAGGGAUGGUUCAUAGGCCUCAUGUGUGCCAUCGCUCUGCUCAUCCUGAUCCUCCUGAUUAUCUGUUUCAUCCAGAGGAAUAAGGGAGGGAAAUACCCUGUCAAAGAGAAGGAGGACGCACACACAGACCCAGAGUUCCAGCCCAUGAAAGAAGACGACUGCACUUUUGUGGAAUACAGUGACAAUGAAGACCAUAAACCAUUAAAAGGGAGCCGCACACCGUCUAAUGGGACAGUUAAGAGAGAAGACAGUGACGACAGUUUAGUUGACUACGGGGAAGGAGGAGACGGACAGUUCAACGAGGAUGGCUCGUUUAUCGGCCAGUAUAGCGGAAAGAGUGCCAGCAGGGACACUGCUGAGGGCCACGAGAGCUCAGAGGCCCCAUCUCCCAUUACUGCCAUGAACUCCUUGAACUCAUUUGUGUAGCCAGUCAGUCCUUGCAGACCACUACGAGGUGCUGCACUGACUGCUCAAUCCCCACACCUCUCUUAGAGGGCUGUCCCAACAACGCAUGGCUUUAUGAUCACAUGUCCACAUGAAAUACAGACAACGCAUCAGAGACAUUUAUUUUCACUUGGAAAUCUUCGUGGAGAGGCUUGGAAACUGAUAGCUCAUUAUAUAGGAAGUAGCUCAAACAGUCAUAUGAUUUUAACAGUGCAUGAAAUACCUGAUAUUACCUAAAUCCAUAUAUAAAUUAACAGUUUGACAUUAACAAGUGUUGCAUUCUUGCUGUACCAGGAAUCUCUUACAGACUAUGCAGUGCUCAUCUGAACUAUAUUUGUUUUUGUUAUAUUAUCUACUAUGUUCAAAUAGUAAUCAGCAUCAACAGUGAAUGAAUAUUACUCAAUGUAUUUUUUCCAACACAGAAGCUUGUACAGGAAUCUGUAUUUAAUAAUGUAAUUAAUUCAUGUAAUUCCAUCAUGCAUUUACAGUGCACAAAGCAGUUCAUGUACAGUGUGUAUAUAUAUAAAUAUAAAGUGAACUAUCUGUAAAGUGAAUAUUGGGAGCAGUGCACACAGCAUGCUUGAGAUUGCUGCAUUGAUACAUCUUCAUCUGUCAUCACUCUGUCAAAUUAUAUAUCUGCACCUAUGAACGCAGAAGCUGAAGUGCUGCAUGGCAUGUCAAACGACCUUUGCCCUGCAUGUGACCUCCUCUUAUUGAGCUUGAUCUGAAGGCCGGUGGGAAACGCUGAUGGUGUGACAGCUUGUCUCUGUCCCUGCAGUGCUCCUUCAGCAGGUAGUGCCUUUUCUUUAAAAAAAAAACAAAAACAAAAAAAACAGUUCAGUUCUGAAGUCUCUUUCUGGGGUUCAGUGACUGGAACAGAGACAGUAGUAGGACUGCAGAAGUCGCAUCCAAGGAUGGAUAAGAUAAGCUUGAGAAGAGGGCCCUGUGGAGGGAGGAAUAAUUCAUACACUCUUGUCAUCUUUUUUUUUAAAGACUCCUCCCAAUGCCUAGAGACACUGGACUGGCUUUGAUACCUCCAAGAAGCUUAAACGUACCCACAUUGGAUCAGACUAAAACAUUAAAUUCUGCAAUCAUUAUGUACAGUACCUGAUUGUAUUCCUGCAGUGUAUGAAUGUAUGGAUAACUGUGAGUGUAUAGGUGUGUGUGUGUGUGUGUGCAGAUACAUUUCAUUAUUCAAUCCCAAUUAGGAAAAAAUGUUCACUUGUACUAACUACACUUGAGGGCCUUUGGAUGGGAUCAAGAUUUCUUUUCUCUUAACUUGCAUCAAGUUUUUUUUUUUUUUUAAAGAUAUGUAGAAUAUUUGUUGAAUUUGUAAAUACCUUCAUUGAUUGUACAGGGAUAAGCAGCUCAUAAGGCAGCCUAAGAGGCAGUAUUGUGCAUGAUAUGGUUUAACUUGUUGAUAGGACUGUAUUAAAUAUAGACUACUUGUAGAGGAUAUCUAUAUUCUUUUUUUCUUGCUGUGCCCAGUGUACAUUGUAUUGUAACUAACUGGACAGAAAAGUGCAUAUAAAUUUGAGUUCGUUUUCCGAUUUGCUUGUCAGCAAGUUAUAAAACUUUGGUAUUGUACAACAACCAUUAGGGUAUAGCUACCAUGUUAAUGGAUGCACAGAAUGAUAUUCUGAUUUGUAUUGGUUCUACGCAGUAUCAGUAUACUGCCAAAAUGAUGCUCUUUUCUGACAGUAUUGGAAAUGGUUUUGUAUUUAAGAAACAGAUUUGUACUAACAGAUACUUUCUUUGUCUCUAUUUAAGUUUAUCCUUUUAGUGCAAGUAUGAAAUUCAAGCUCCUGGAAAUAUAAUGAAUGAAUAAAUAAAUAUCUGCUUUAA